AUGUCGUCCCCGCUUGUCGCAUUCAUCAUUGGCGCUGGGUCCAAUGUCGGCGGCUCUGUCGCCGCCCUCUUGAAAGAGAAGGGUUAUGCUGUCGCGCUUGGGUCUCGUAACCCCGACACCCAGAAGGUCAAGCAAGACGGAUACUACCCGGUAAAGAUCGACGCGACUGAGAAAGACAGCAUCAAAGCCGCUUUCGCAGCCGUCAACACCGAUCUUGGCCCGCCCAAUGUUGUUGUGUACAACGCUGCUUUCCAUCAGUCACCGACUGAUGCUUCUGACCCCUCGACAUUGCCGCUCGAUGCUUUCGAUAAGGGCGCGUCAAUUGGAAGCAAUGUGUUCGUCGCGAUCCAAGAGGCGUUAGUUGGAUUCCGGUCAAGCAAACAUGAGAACAACCCGAAGGCCUUCAUCGUCACCGGCAACAGGCUUCCAACAGUCAAGGCCCCGACGCCCGGCUAUUUGGCCUUAGAUCUUCAGAAGGUCAUCGAGCAGCGAAUUAUCGGCCAAUUCGCCCGCGCCGACAGGAUCGGUAUACAAUUCGCUUUCGCGUUCUUGGUUUCAGAGAGUGGCGAAGCCCCGCCGUAUGAUGUUUUCCUAAAGAGCGGUCCUACGCACGCAAAGGUUUACUGGGAAUUGAUUAAUCGGAAGGAAGGUCCUUGGGACUACAGGUUCACACCGGAUGGAAAGAAGCUGGCCGGAUACGAGUCCCUAUGA